CCUGCCAGCCAUGGCCUCUCCCAGGCUAGAGACCUUCUGCUGCCCCAACCGGGACGCAGCCACUCAGCUGGUGUUGACUUUCCAGCCGGAGGUCUUCUGUGGGGUUUGCCUCGGCAGCGCCUCCGCCAGCCUCCUGCUCAGCGCGCUGCAGCUCCUCCCCAAGAAGGGACAAGGCCCCCGGAAGAUCCCGAAGGCUUCCUCCUCCACCACCAUCCUCCUCCUCAUCUCCGCCUGUGACAUGCUGGGCUCUCUGGGUAUAAUCUUCAGAUCAACAGUCUGGUUAGGGUUCCCAGGCCUUGUAGCAAACAUAUCUGUGGCGAAUGGGACAGAUGUUUGGCCUGCUGCCUUCUGUGUGGGAAGUGCGAUGUGGAUACAACUGUUGUACAGCGCUUGCUUUUGGUGGCUGUUUUGCUAUGCUGUAGAUGCGUACUUAGUGGUUAGAAGAUCAGCAGGCCUAAGUACAAUUGUGUUGUAUCACAUGAUGACGUGGGGGUUGGCAAUCCUGCUGUGUGUGGAGGGAAUUGCUAUGCUCUACUACCCUUCAGUUUCUAGUUGUGAAAAUGGUCUGGAGCAUGCGAUUCCUCAUUACGUCACUACGUACGUUCCGCUAGGACUUGUUUUGGUGGCCAACCCAAUCCUUUUCAGUCGAACAGUGACGGCUGUUGCAUCUUUACUGAAGGGAAGACAAGGGAUCUACACAGAGAAUGAAAGACGCUUGGGGACAGAGAUCAAAGUCCGCUUUUUCAAAAUUAUGCUGGUGGUCAUUAUUUGCUGGUCAUCAAAUAUUAUAAACGAGGGACUUCUCUUCUACCUGGAAAUGCAGCCAGAUAUCAAUGGAAGCCUCUUGAAAAAUGUCCGAAAUGCUGCACUGAUCACAUGGAUUAUAAUGGGAGUACUGAACCCAAUGCAAGGCUUCCUUUUCACACUGGCUUUUUAUGGAUGGACUGGUUGGAAGUUGGACCUGCAGUGGCGGAAGAGUGAAAUACCAUGGGAAUCCAUGUCAACAUCAACUGCUGCUGAAAAUGCCUAUGCCUUGCCAAGUGGAAACUCCGUGAACUUCCACGACACAAAGAAAACACCAGUAGCACCAAACCAUCAGACGGAUGAAGCCUUAAGCAUGCUGUCUGAAGGUUCUGAUGCUAGCACAGUUGAAAUCCACAUCUCAAGUGGAAUCCAUGAAUUAGAUGGUAACGAUGCUGAUGUUGAAUAAUUGGAAAAGGAUUACAGUGAGGAGCUGGAGACCCCAAAAGUGCCAACAUGGAGUGGUUGGCUAGUGUUUCCUCCUUUGAAAUUCAGAUUUCCCACCAUUCAUCCUACACCAGUCCACUCACAAGCCUGAACACUCUGUUUAACUUUUGACAACUUUCUACUCAGUCUGUGCAAAAAGCCCAUUUUGGAUAGAUCACCUGAACAUGGACUCAAACCAUGUUCAGAGUCAGAAGCAAGUGUUAAAAUAUUCUGAUCUGCUUAAGUGAGCACCAUGUCU